ACAGACAAUCGUACCCCCUCAAAAAGCAGCUCCCAACCGCUGGAGCUUCAGUCAAGCGCUGGGGAGCGCUCAGACCGGAUCGUGUGUUAACACUGCCUUCUUCGGGGGUCUUCCACAUAUGCGGAUACGCAGCAGAUAAUACGACCACCUAGAUUUUACACGUCUGUAGGCUUGCAAGGCCGCAGUCAUGUAUAGCUUUGGUUGUAGAUAUUUUUUGCCGGUUUUAUUACUAGUGCUGAGAACGCACGCCCAAUUCGACGGAGAUGACCUAACGGCCUUCAAAUUAACAUGUGAGGACGAGAACAAAGUCACGCAUUUCAACAACGACAUCUGGAAAAAGGAUAGGUGCACAACAUGCGUCUGCGAUAGAGGGAAUAUCAUCUGCAGUGAGAUAGUGUGUGAUGAACAGAUACGGGACCCCAACUGUAAGUCAUGGGAGACCCCCCUGACUGAGUGCUGCCCCAUCUGCACAGACGGUGACAUAGUGAAAUUCGGUCAACCAGGAAGAGGUAGCAAGGGAGAGCCUGGUAACGCACUGGUCGACGGCGAGGGAUACGCUGGCUUGCAAGGCCCACCCGGACCCCCUGGACCCCCGGGCGAACUUGGACCCUCCGGUCUCCCCGGUUCCCGCGGACCCCCCGGAGCCCGGGGCCCAAUGGGUCCCCGUGGAUCUCCCGGACCCCCUGGACUUCCCGGACCCCCUGGCUUUGGUGGACCCCCUGGCGAGCCUGGUGACUCUGGCCCCCCUGGUCCGACUGGCCCACGUGGUCCUCAGGGACCUCCCGGCAAGUCUGGUGAAGACGGUUCCUCUGGAAGAGACGGCAAGGCUGGUCCCAUCGGCCCACCCGGACCUCAGGGUCCCCGUGGUUUCCCUGGCACACCUGGUAUCCCUGGACUGAAGGGACACAGGGGUUUCCCUGGUCUGGAUGGUGCUAAGGGCGAGGGUGGUGCUCCUGGUGAGAAGGGUGAGGCCGGUACUCCCGGUGCAGCUGGAUCUCCAGGACCCAUGGGUCCCCGCGGUAUGUCUGGAGAGCGUGGCCGACCCGGUCCCACUGGUCCCCCCGGACCCGCUGGUGCUGAUGGACAAUCUGGCUCAAGCGGUCCUCCCGGCCCAACUGGACCUACUGGACCACCUGGUUUCCCCGGACGUGCCGGAUCUAAGGGAGAGGCUGGUGCCGGCGGUGCUCGCGGUCCCCCCGGUGCCCAGGGAGAGCGUGGUGAGCCCGGCUCACCUGGUCCCUCUGGUAUCGCUGGUCUGCAGGGCCCUGCUGGUAUCGACGGUAUCCCCGGUGCUAAGGGAUCUGCUGGUGCUGCUGGUCCACAAGGACCUCCCGGCUUCCCCGGACCCCGUGGCCCACCCGGUAACGCUGGUAGCCCCGGCUCCGUCGGUGCCAAGGGACCACCUGGUGCCCCUGGUCUGCCCGGAUUCAAGGGAGAUGCUGGCCCCAAGGGAGCUAACGGUGAGCCCGGAGAGAUCGGCGCACCUGGACCUGCUGGUGAGGACGGUAAGAGGGGACCCCGUGGUGAGGGCGGCCCACCUGGACCACCUGGACCCAACGGAGAGAGGGGAGGCCCCGGCCCACGUGGUUUCCCAGGCGCUGACGGUGCAGCUGGACCUAAGGGUGCACCCGGAGCAAGAGGACCCCCCGGCGGCGAAGGACAGAAGGGUGCUGCCGGAGAGCCUGGUAGGCCCGGAGAACAGGGUCUCCCUGGUCCUACGGGUCUGACUGGACGUCCUGGAGCUGACGGCAAGACUGGAUCAACUGGCCCCAACGGACCUCCCGGUGAGGACGGUCGUCCCGGACCCCCUGGCCCCCAGGGUGCUCGUGGUCUCCCCGGAGUCAUGGGCUUCCCCGGACCCAAGGGCGCCAACGGAGAGGGUGGCAAAGACGGCAAGGACGGAGAGCCUGGUUCUCAGGGACCAAGGGGAGAGCCCGGUAAGGACGGAGAGGUCGGCCCCUCUGGACCCCCCGGACCCGUCGGCGAGGCAGGCGAGCGUGGAGAGCCCGGACCAACUGGACCUCCUGGAUUCCAAGGAAUGCCCGGCCCUGGCGGACCCCCCGGUGAGGCUGGUAAGAACGGAGACCCUGGCACCCCCGGAGAGGCCGGACCACCCGGUCAAUCUGGCCCACGCGGAGAGAGAGGCUUCCCAGGAGAGCGUGGAUCCGUCGGCCCUGCUGGGGCUCCCGGCCCACGUGGUCCCAACGGUCCCGCUGGUAGUGACGGUGCUGCGGGUGCUCCUGGUGAGAAGGGACCUCCCGGCGGAGUCGGACCCCCCGGUCUUCAGGGUAUGCCUGGUGCUCAAGGAUCUCCUGGUGUUGGUGGCGCUAAGGGUGACCGUGGUGACUCUGGUGGACGUGGUCCUGAGGGUGCUCCCGGAAAGGAAGGUGCACGUGGUCCUCCCGGCCCUGUAGGCCCCAUGGGUCCCUCAGGUGCUAACGGCGACAAGGGUGAUCCCGGCGCAGCUGGUCCCAUCGGUGCAACUGGUUCUCGUGGUGCUCCAGGCGAGCGUGGACAGCCCGGCCCCGCCGGACCCGCUGGCUUCCCCGGCCCACCUGGUAACGACGGCGCCCCUGGUGAGAAGGGUGAGCAAGGAGAUUCUGGACCCAAGGGUGACGGUGGUGCUCCUGGAGCCCAGGGUGCCGCUGGACCCGUCGGACCUCCCGGACCUGCUGGUGUGCCUGGCAGGAAGGGUGCUCGUGGUGAGAAGGGACCGGACGGUGCCGUUGGCUUCCCCGGUGCCCCUGGCCGUGUCGGACCCCCCGGCCCAACUGGACCUUCCGGUAACGCUGGUACCCCUGGCAACCCUGGCAAGGAUGGAGAGAAGGGUAUCCGUGGAGAGCCUGGUCAGGCUGGCCGCCCUGGUGAUUCUGGUCCUCCUGGCCCACCUGGUCCCGAGGGAUCCAAGGGUGACGUCGGUUCUGAUGGUCCAUCCGGUCCACCUGGACCUCCCGGUCCCCAGGGUCUUGCUGGAUCAAGGGGUAUCGUGGGUCUACCCGGAACUCGUGGUGAGCGUGGUUUCCCUGGCCCCCCUGGUGCUGCUGGCGAGCCCGGCAAGCCUGGUAACGCUGGACCUUCUGGUGACCGCGGCAACCCCGGACCUCCCGGCCCGCAGGGCAUGAUGGGUCCACCUGGCGAGGCUGGUCCUGAGGGUCCCACAGGAAACACUGGUCCACCUGGAUUGCCUGGCGCUCAGGGAGAGAAGGGUAACCGAGGUAACCCCGGUCCCAACGGUCCCGCUGGAAUCCCCGGCCCUCUCGGCCCACCUGGCCCCGCUGGAUCCGCAGGCAAGCAGGGAGAUCGCGGUGAUACUGGUCCCCCCGGUCCAUCUGGUCCUACUGGUGCUAUGGGUCCCCGUGGUCCAGCUGGUCCUUCUGGUGCACCUGGUGCUAAGGGUGAGUCUGGAGAGGCAGGAGAGCGUGGUCCCAAGGGACACCGCGGAUUCGCUGGUCUGCAAGGUCUUCCCGGUCCCCCCGGUCAGCCCGGUGACCAAGGUGCAACUGGUCCCGCCGGUCCCGCUGGACAGAGAGGUUCUCCUGGAGGUCGUGGUCCCGCUGGUCCACCUGGUAACGAUGGUAAGAGCGGUCCCGCUGGUAUGAUGGGUCCACGUGGUCGUCCCGGUGAAGCUGGUCCCGCUGGUAUGCCCGGCCCCCCUGGUCCUCCCGGUCCCCCCGGACCCGCAGGCGAUCCCGGUGGCUUCCCCGCCUCCGCAUUCAUGGGCCAACGUGCCAAGGGCCCAGAUCCACUCGCCGGCUAUUACAGAGAUGCCCCUGGCGACGGCAAGGGUGCCGACCCCAAGGUUGCCGACGCUCUGGAGGCCAUCAGCGCACAGAUCGAGUCACUCAAGAAGCCCACUGGCACCAGGAAGAACCCAGCCAGGACUUGCCGCGAUCUUGCUCUCUGCCACCCAACAUGGCCAUCUGGUAACUACUGGAUCGAUCCUAACCAGGGAUGCACCGUUGAUGCUAUCGAGGUAUGGUGCGACAUGAAGACAUACGAGACCUGUGUCUACCCCAAGCCAGCCAAGGUACCAAGGGGAGCAUGGUACAAGGGCCCGAGCAAGCACGUCUGGUUCGGCGACAGCAUGAAGGGCGGCUACCACUUCACCUACACCGCCGACGAGAUCCAGAUGCAGUUCCUGAGGUUGUCCAGCACCGGCGCUCGCCAGAACAUCACCUACCAGUGCAAGAACUCUGUAGCGUACUACGAUGCCUACAACAGCAACUACAAGAAGGCCCUCAAGAUCAUGGGCAACGACGAGACCGAGUUGUCGGCCGAGGGAGCCAGGAAAUUCCAAUACGAUGUAAACCUAAAGGAAGAUGGAUGCCAGAGUGCCGCACCAGGAAAAUGGUCGCAGACAGUCAUGGAAUACAAAACAAAGAAGACGACGCGGCUGCCGUUUAUCGACAUUGCACCUUACGACAUCGGCAGACCAGACCAAGAAUUCGGCGUGGAAAUUGGCCCGGUCUGCUUCAAGUAGAGAACUCACCAACAUUUCUAUUUUUAACUGUUCUAUUUUUGUAUCGGAGCGCUUUUCUCAUUUUUGGGUAUUCUAUCGGAUCGCCAAGAUAGUGAUUUCUAAAGUCGUGGGAGGAUUUUAAUCUUUAAGGACACUCUGGAGCCUUAACAUUGGCGUAGAUUUUUUUUUGUACAGUUAGAAUAUAGCAGAGUGCCACGGAGUCGCUCUUGAGCUAUCAAAUAAAUUUGCAAGGAACGGGUUCACAAAGAAAGACUAAGAGGCGAGAUGGUGCUAUCAAGUGAGCAUAAGUCUAUUUUAUAGUUCAAGAGCACUUUUGUACAUAAAGAGUCUUGUUGAAGACUGUUUUUGUAGUGUGAUUUUACAGCUAACGCUGCAAUAGCGUGCACGAUAUGUACACCAGCGACCACAGGUGAGAUGCGAAACGAAACUUGAAAGAAAUCCAAGGUACCACCAAGAAAGAUUCUAGUCAUCUUUUUCUCCUCGUAGGAGACAUAUUUUCGCCAAACCUGUGGCCGCUGCUUGGAAGACAAAAUUCAGGGUCCAAAAAAUAAUCGGUGCUAACAUUCCCAACACUAUGGUGCUUUGACUCCUUACCUCAAAUAUCGGGGAAAAAACUAAGCUUCACCCCCUUAGUUUGCGAUGAAAAAUAAACUUAAAUGAAAGGGCCUCCAUACUAUACCCAAAACUGCACGUAGAAGUCCGGGACGAUAUGGGCUUGCUUGGGAUCUUUUUUUGCGUUUGUCCUUUUUUGUUUUUGGGGUAUGAUAGACACAUAGUUUUUCGUAGAAUUAGGUCCAAUAUUCCAUUUCGGUACCGAUGCAAUAUUGGGCUUAGUAGUUAAAUAGGUGCUAAUAGAGUAUGUGUAAUGAGUGUUAUGAUUUUGAUUGUUCUUUUUUUGGAAUCCAUAAAUAGGACGUCUGUAAUGAGGACCCUUUCCUAGAUUAUGUUAAGACAUAUCCAUGAUUGUAAUUAUACUUGAGAUAUUUUGUGAAGCCCAGGACUUUCUACAUGCAGCCCGUGAGGAAGGAAAAAAUAAAGCCUUUUGCAAGAAGUUGCA